UAUCACAUUUAGGUCCAAAGACUGAAUCAGUUCUAGCAUAGUAACAACUGCAGUGCAAACUGCAGAAAUUUAGGACACAUUUGCUCGUAAAUGUAAUUUUGGGACAGAUCAUGAAGCAGUUAACAUUAGUCUUGGAAACACACCUAAUUCUACUUGCAGGGAUGUGUUUUCUACCUUUGUAUCCCUACCAGAUCCAAAACUUCUUAUUCUAUAGUCCAAAAACAUGGUAUGAGGCACAAAGCUACUGCAGAGAGAAAUGCAUUGACCUGCUCACCUUUGACAACAUGAAACAGAUAGAAACAAUUGUUAAUUUUCUUGAGAACAAAUACAAUGAUGCUGUGUGGUUUGGGCUUUGGAAAGGCAAGACUCAGAGAUGGCACUGGUCUAUGCCAAGUAACGAUUUCUACAAUUAUUUGCCUUGGGGCUCCAACACAAAUUACAACUGUGGUACAUAUGAAAAUAGGAGUUUGUCUUCAGACCCUUGUCAUUACGCCAAAAAUUUUAUAUGCUUUGACGGAAAGAAAAAAGGUGCUGAGCAGUAUAUUCUCAGUUCAGCAACAAUGGGUUGGAGUGAGGCUCAAAACUACUGCAGAACCAACCACACAGACCUGACCAGUGUGAGGAAUGAUGCAGAGCAUCAGAUAAUUCAGAGUCUAGCUAAUGGUAUGGAUGUUUGGAUUGGACUCUUCAAAGACCCCUGGGAGUGGUCUGACCAGAGUAACUCCUCACUGAGAUACUGGCCAGUAGAGCAGAAAAUUUGGACUGAAGAAACUGAGCACUGCGGUGCUUUGUUGAAGAAUGAAUCUGGUAAAUGGGGGCAACUGCCAUGUUCUAACAAAUACCCAUUCUUAUGUGUCUGUAAGGUCAAAGAAACCACAGUCAAAGUGAUUAAAUUGAGAAUCAGCCUGCAAGACUCUGGGCUGGAUCUAAAUAACCCUACCAUACAAGAGAACAUCUUGAAGCAACUGAUGGCUUCAACUGGAGCUAACAUAAAUCUGAAGUGGAGAAAGCAAUCCAGUGGAAAGAUUUUCAUCAAAGAGAUUCCCUAAAGUGGCUGAGCGCUUAACACCAGUUUUCUUAUUUAUUGAUUGGUUUGAUUUGAUGAUUUUGCCAAACAUAUAACAGUAUGCUAAAUCCAACAGCACAGAGGCAGUGUAGAAGCAUAACCUACGAGUAUAAAACAAAUAAUCCAAACUGACACUUUUUCCAGGUUUAAUAAAUAUAGGCAACUAUCUUACAAGCACCAAAAUUAGAUCUGUUUGACACUGUCUGAACAGCAAAACAUUUCUGGAUUUUUAUAUAUAUAUACAUAUAUAUAUAUAUUUAUUUAUUAGGGGUGCAACG